AGGAGAAGCAGCUGGAGCUGACCCUGGAGGCGCUCAUCAGUCAGGUGGCUGACCUGAAGAACUCCUUGGUCAGUUUUAUCUACAAGCUGGAGAAUGAGUACGAUCGACUUACAUGGCCUUCAGUUCUGGACAGCUUUGCAUUGCUCUCAGGGCAGCUGAACACCUUGAAUAAAGUGCUAAAGCAUGAGAAGACCCCCCUAUUGCGAAACCAGGUUAUCAUACCCCUAGUGCUCUCUCCAGACCGCGAUGAGGAGAUCAUGCGGCAGACAGAGGGGCGUGUGCCGGUGUUCAGCCAUGAGGUAGUGCCUGACCAUCUUCGAACUAAGCCUGACCCUGAGGUGGAGGAGCAAGAGAAGCAGCUGAUCACAGAUGCAGCUCGAAUUAGCCCUGAUGUGGCACAGAAACAGAUCCAAAGCCUGAACAAAAUGUGCUCAAAUCUGCUGGAGAAAAUCAGUAAGGAGGAGCGUGAAUCUGAAAGUGGAGGUUUACGACAGAACAAGCAGACUUUCAACCCUGCAGAUACCAAUGCGCUGGUAGCAGCAGUGGCGUUUGGGAAAGGACUGUCAAACCGGAGACCCCCUGGCUCUGGAGGAUCUGUCCAGUCAGGCCAACCAGGAGCUGGUGCCAUCAUUGCAGGUGCUUCAGGCAUGCAGCAGGUCCCAAUGUCAGGUGCAGCAGCUCAGCAGCAGCCAAUGCUGGCAGGAGUGCAGAUGGCACAAGCAGGACAGCCAGGAAAAAUGCCGAGUGGCAUAAAGACAAACAUCAAAUCUGCCUCAAUGCAUCCAUAUCAGAGAUGAGCUGAGAUAAACCAGACCCAGGGAAUGGCAGUUACCAGCAUUGCUCCUGUUGCAGCCACCACGCCUGGAUUCCUUCUACGACUUGCAAGUCCCUUCACAUAUCCACACACCUUAUCCAGGGAGAUAGGGGUUAUGAGGCCCUUCCUGGGUUAUAUUUAGUGCUGGGUGUCUUGUGUGGAACUGCUAGUGGCCAUGUCUCCAGGACACAAGUAAUUCUCUGCUCAGUCAGAGCAGAGGACUUUGCUUAUGGUAUUGAUCCCAUCUUCUUCAGGUCUGGCCUGGAGGACAACUGCUCUUUCCUGAAGAAUCUGAAGAGCCACAUGGAGCACUCUGCUCCUUGUUUCUGCUUUUCUGCUUAUUCACUCAGGAUGUUCUUUCCUUACUCCCUCUGGUUGAAUAAAUACCUUGUUAUGCACACUGUG